CAGCGAGCGUAAACAUUCGAGUCGAAUCUUGACAAGCGAAACCAAAUCAACGAAACGAAGAAAACAAAUCACAAAAAUGUCGUUGAUGCCAUUCUGGCUCCGUCAUUUGAGGAACGUGGCGUCCAGGGAUCCCAUCACAAGAGUAUUGGAAGAUCAGUUCGCUGCAUUGUCGAGAGAUCCCUUCUUUCGCGACCCCGUGAAAUUUAUUAGACAAUUGUCAGCUCCAUAUGAAGAUCAUCAUGGAAUCGAAGGCGUCUAUUCAGACUCCGAAGUAAAAGUAGACGGCAAAAAAGUGGAAGUUCAUCUGGACGUUCAGAACUUCUCCCCCGAACAGAUUGAAGUGAAGACAAUUGGCAACGAGAUUAUGGUGGAAGGGAAGAAGGAGAUCAAACGCGAAGACGGAUGGACCAGAAGUCAUUUCGAGAGAAGAUUCCUGCUUCCUGAAGGGUUCCCGCCUGAGCGAGUGGAGUGUCAUCUAGAUAAGGGGAAGUUGAAACUAGUGGCAUUCAGAGCGCAACCAUUGGAAGAAAAGAAGAUUCCAAUCCAAGACAAAUCUUGCGACAGUGAGGAAAAAAAAUAAUGU